AACAUCUUCAUUAUCUCGUCACUGACCUGGAAGCGCCAACAUGCUCACUCAGGCAGCUUUACGGACUUUGGCUUUCAUCUGCAUUUUCCCAUUCUUGACUCACGCAGGACUAAUCUCAAGAGACUUCACCAAUCCAUCAACUUCUCUCAUGAAACGAAACUACGGCCCAAGCUACAACCCGUGGCAAUGGCCCCGAACUCUUACUGUAGCCAGCGACCCCCAACAACGCGGCAGCUGCAGCGAAUUUCCCGAAAUCCAAGUAGGAGAAACCCAUUCCUGGACCGCACCAAACAACACCAUCGAAGUAUUCUGCUGGCAAAACCACACUACCUGGACCGGCACGGACUUCCUCCGUUUAGUGGAAGAUUGUUAUAUCAAUUCCGAGUACCUGGGACCGGGAAAAUGGGAGAAAGAUUACAAUGGGUCAUUGCCGAAGAACUUUAAGGAGUUGUUGCCGUGGUGUGGACCCAUUAGGCCGUAUGAGAUCUUCGAUGGGAAUAUUUCGCAUGAGACGGACUAUAUGGAUUGGGAUGGGGAGAGGAAGGCGGGGCAGAAAUGUUUUCUUAGUCCGGAUACGGAGGACGAUUUUGUGAUGAAGGAGUGGGAGUGGACGGUUACGCAUUGCUGGGUUGAAGGGACGGAGGUGGAGGGGAAUAAGUAUGCUGACUGAUGGAAGUGACGAGUUGCAGAGCUGAGCUGACGCGAUGUAGUAAGUGGUAUCAGAAUCUGGAGACGAAUAGGAGUCCAGCAAAAUGUUAUGUUCCGGCUGCUUGGUUGGGUGAUAAAGUGAGAGGUAAGAG